AUGCGUUGGAUGCUCAUCGUCUGGACGCUAUUGGCCCUCCUGGCUCUUUGCACUGGACAACAAGAUGCAGGAAAAGGCCUCUCUCCAUCUGGCUACCAUCUUUGUUUGUACAAUCAGACCCUCACUGUGAGUUCCCUGGUCUUGCGGGAGGUUCCUUAUGUCGCGACAAAGUCUUGCGGAGGCUGGUUGUCCUGGACGACAUGUCCAGUGAAACUUUACAGAAUAGUUCAGCUGACGGAGUACCGCGCGGUGACGGCGCCGGUGACCAGAUGUUGCCAUGGUUACAUGCAAGUGGGAAGCUACUGUGCCCUGCCUCUAAACCGGACCGAGGAGUUCACAAGCAAACCUGGAUCUUGUCCCGCAGCCAAUGGCUCUCAUUCCAGUGGCGGCGACUGUGACUGGGACAUAGAUUGUCCAGGCUGGCAGAAAUGUUGCCAUUUUCUCUGCAGUGGCACUUCAAAUAUGACUAGUUACGCCGAGAAUGGUGGAUGCCGUUUUAAUGCAACAGUGACGGUGAAGACAGAUUACCAGCAACUGAACUCUGAGGAUGGAGCUCUUCUCAACCACACCAGAUUACUCCAAGCCAUGGUAACCGGAGCGCUGCAGUCCAAUGUGUCCGUCCAUUACCUCGCCUCCUGGCCGGUGCAGCCUUUCAGAACCGCUACCUCACUGCUGAUAGGCUGCACAUGUGACCUUUCCCUGCACAACGUCUCAACCGCGCUCCACGUCCUCAUACACAUACAGGAGGUGUCAGCCGUGACCGUGCAAGAUGUGAAUGAGUGUGCACAUCCUGCUCUUCAUCGGUGUUCUCCUCAGGCACAAUGUAACAACACAGUGGGUUCCUACCAGUGCGUAUGUCACACAGGCUACAUCGAUGUUGACCCCAGCAACCCUGGAACUCUUUGCACAGCCCUUCCUGGCAUCAGCAACUUACAGUCUUCCAACAUCACUGGAACCUCCUUUUUUGUGUACUGGUCCAGCCUAACUCUGACACCCCAGACUUACCUGGUGGUUCUAAGUGAGGGGUCAGAGGUUAUUGGGGAGUGGACAACUAAACAGACCAUGAUGGAAAUAAAGGACCUGCAGCCUGGGAUCAACUACAACGUCACUGUUCGGAUCCACUCCAACCACAGUCAAGGAGACGUCCUCAAUAUGGCACUCAGAACUGAUGCUCACACUCUUGAGGCCACAACUCGACUUACCAACAUCCAGUUCACUGAAGACCUGCGAAACGCCAGCAGCCAGGCCUACAAAAACCUUACUGCAGGCAUCAUAGAAGAGAUUUACCGCUCGCUGACCCCUGAGAUGAAGGCCAAGGUGAAUUCAGGUCUAGUGAGAAUCGAGAUCCGCAACUUUUCUCCAGGCAGCGUGGUAGUCAACAUUACUCUGAUCUUCAGCCCUAGUCCAAAUCAGGACAUCAGAAAUACAUCCACAGAUCUGCUUUACGCCCUGAUCAACAGCUCCAUUUAUAUCGUGGAUGAAAACGACACAAAUAUUAUUGAUUUUGAUGAAUGUAUUCCUGGGGAAAAUGACUGUUCACAGUGGGCUAUGUGUAUAAACACCUGGGGCUCCUACUCAUGCUCCUGUCUGGAUGGAUUUAUGGACACAAACCCACAAAGAUCUGGGAGAGCCUGUCAAGCCACGAACAACGCACAAGCUAGUACCACUAACAUACCAACAACAGCCAUCAUAGCCCCGGCAACUACCAACGUACCAACCACUACUUCUAUUGGAUCAACAACCACCCCUGUGGAACCAACAACUACCUCCAUUGAACCAACAACCACUUACUUUGUAGCAAUGACCACAACUGUAACUUAUGUAGCAACAACAAUCUCCAAUGCAAUUGCAUUUACAUCAGCUGUACUAACAACCACAUCUAUUGUGCCAAGGACCACUACUUCUGCACCACCACCACCACCAUUGCCUGUUGCAAUGACUAGCUCCACUGCACCAACAACCACUUCUCAUUCACUAGCAACUACCUUUGUUUCUUCAACUACCAGUGUACCCUUAACUACUACUGCACCAGCAACCACAACCAUUGGACCAAAUACCACCAGUGUACUGCCAACAAUCACUACUGCAUCAACAACAACCAUUGAACCAACUACCAUACAGGUACCAGCAACAACCACUACUGCACCAUCAACCACAACCAUUAAACUAACAACAACCGGGAUGUCAACAACAUCUACAACUGUACCGACAACAUCAACCAUGGAACCUACUACCACCAGUGAACCAACAACAACCACUACUGCACAAACAACAACAACAACCAUUGAACCACCUACCACCAGUGUACCAAUGACAACCACAACUGCACCAACAGCAACAACCAUUGAACCACCUACCACCAGUGUACCAAUGACAACCACAACUGCACCAACAGCAACAACCAUUGAACCACCUACCACCAGUGUACCAAUGACAACCACAACUACACCCACAACAACAACCAUUGAACCACCUACCACCAGUGUACCAAUGACAACCACAACUGCACCAACAACAACAACCAUUGAACCAACUACCAAUGGUGUAGCAACAACAACAUUACAUUCCUAUAUAAUGAAUUCAGCCUUAGGUGAUAUUUCAGUGGACUGCAAAGUUACUGGCAUCAUGGUGACCGUUGCUAGAGAGUUUCUAGUGAACAACAACAUCAGGGAGAGCACUCUGUACCUGGGCCAGCAGGAAUGCGGGAUCACUGGCGGCAAUGUCAGUCAUGCUCAGCUGACUGUGGAGUGGAAUGACACAAUGUGUGUCACAAGUUUUGUCAAAAACGAUACCAACUACGUGGCCUCUGUAACCCUGUUCAACACCGUGGAGACAAACAGUACACCCAACGGAACAUUAGAAGCACCUUUAUUGCACCUGGAGGUUCCAGUUAUAUGCACGUACAUGAGGAGCAUGCUCAUGUCCACUGACUUUGGCUCCAUGGGGUAUAACUUGAUCAAAGACAUGAUCACAGGCUUAGGCUUUUUCCAGGUGUCGGUGCAGCUGAUGAACGGCACAUAUUCUUUACCGUACAACUACAGUUUAUCACCUGAAGAGGCUGUGGUAGUUAAGGUCAGCAUGAACACGUCAGCAGAGGAACUCAAAGUAGUCAUCUCCUCCUGCUGGGCCACGCCCACUCCAAAUCCAGCUGACAACAAACGCUUCUACUUCCUGGACAACAGGUGUGCCCUCAACCAAUACACCAAUGUGCUGAUGAACGGAAACUCCAGCACGUCUCGCGUGUCUGUGAAGAUAUUCUCCUUUGUCAACGUCAAUCUGAUAUAUCUGCACUGCCAUGUUCAAAUUUGCAUACAUAUUGGAUCUGAUACUUGUGUUCCUGACUGUGUGCAAAGAACAGCUUGGUCUUCAAACACCAUUGGGCGAGGGUUUGGUUCUACCGGCCCGUUGCUGAAGUCUGAGGAGGUGCCCCUGGAGGAUGUGAAUGACCAAAUCCAGCUCAUCACACUAUCCUGCCUUGGAGUUGCUGUGACGCUCUUCCUCAUCGUUGGUUUCGCCUGCCUGUUCAACUACCACAGGAACCGUGUCGGACAUUACAACUUUGCUGUCAAACCGAAACCACAAAACUUCACAUUUAUUGACCUCAAAGCUUAAACCUCCAACGUCACUUUUUUCUUUUCACUUCAACACCUUUGCUUCAUGGAGGAUUUCACGUUUGCUUGGCUACAUUCACAUGAAACACUAACACAAUAGAGUAAAAAACUUAUAGAAAAACAUCCUGUUUUAUGAAUAUUUAGUGAAUAAAUGCUUUACUCAUAAUAUUUUUUAUCAGAACAAAUACACACACAACUUGGGAUGUGUAAUAGGGAUGGUAAAUUAGUUAAUUAACAUAGGAUAUGCAAUAUACAUGCUACUGAUUAAAAUAACUGAUUUUACAUAGCAAUUUCAACACCUCCAAAUUUGGUACUGAAAACUACAACUAAGAUGCAUAUUACAUUUAAACAGCUGGUGUGCAAUAAGCACAAUACUUACAGGAUAAACACUUUGUAUAGGACUCGACAAAAGACAAGACUGGCACAUUCAGCUUAAUGGCAAAGACAACUUCCUGAUUAUGGCGAGACCCCAAAGAAAAACUAAAAUGAAUGCAUCCUUGCAAAUAACUCACACGUGUGAGAAACCAAAAUAUGACAACUGAACAGCACAGUUAUCACUAUCAGCUCCCUGUUACAUGUUUAGUAAAACACUUUUAGAUUUUAUAAUUAAACAAUUUAAAAUUAACUACCACAUUAUCUGACACAAAAGUACCUAAAAUUGGUGCCACUGAGCAUCAAUUCUAGUUGAAAAGGUACCCAUCCCUAUGCACAACUACAGGGACAAACACACAGCAAUGUCCAAAUGCAGAAAUGUUAUCUAAAGUCAAUAAAACAAAUAUAAUGAUACAAAAUGUUGAAAUUUAGCGCAUGAAUGCUUCAGGAUCCAAAAUAAAUGCUAAAGAAAAAAUGCUACAAAAGGGCAAUUCCACGGAAUCGGUGCCAUUUACAUCCUCAGGAAAUAAAAUGUAUAAAUGCAGGAUAAGAAUAAGUGAUUAAGAUUUGAUGCCAUAAUUCAUAAAUUAAUAAACAGUGGAAAAAUAACAUUUGUUGUCCCUUUCCUGCUUCCUAAAAUUGGACUUUAUCGAAAGAUAUAAUCAUUUAAAUCCUUCAUAUUUCUCAUAUAAUUCACAUAUUCUCACAUGAGCGGUAGAUCUCAGCACAGUCAUAUUAUAUAAGUUAUUUUUUUUAAGGAAUUUGUUUAUUUUUAUAAUUGAAACAACUUUUCAAGCACUGUAAUAAUGGGCCUAGUGUCAACAGGUUGUUAGCAUAAAUGUCA